AUGGUCCCAACGCAGCUCGUCGAGCUCCUCACCCUCCUGGCCGCCUUCCCCCUCCUUUCUUCGGCCCAGCUCACUCCGUCGCCCACCUACGCUCCACCAUCGCCAACUGCCGGUCUGGCCAAGUCCAGCAGCACGCCCAAUACCCAAUGGGCGAACGUCCUGGGGAACUCGCUAUACUUCUUUGACGCCCAGAGGUCCGGGAAGUUGGAUCAGGGGACGUACGGGAAUCGGGUGGCGUGGAGGAACGACUCGGCGUUGAACGAUGGGAGUGACUAUGGAGUGGAUCUGACGGGCGGGUGGUAUGAUGCUGGCGAUUACAUCAAGGCGACUUUCCCCCUUGUUCAUACUCUCUUCGCUAUUUCGUGGUCCGCCCUGACGCAUGGUCAAGGCUACUCGAUAGCCUCUCAGACGGCCUAUCUGGACGGAACGCUGAGAUGGGGAUAUGACUGGUUAAUGAAGGCUCAUCCCUCUGACGACGUCCUCUUCGUCCAGGUCGGUGACUCAGACAUUGAUAAUUCGUACUGGGGAGGAGACCGGAACAUCGCAACUCCUCGACCCGCCUUCCCCGUCAACUCCUCUUUCCCAGGUACGGAUGUCUGGGCUGCCAGCUCCGCUGCCUUAGCCAUGGCCUCCCUGCUCUACUCCAACGCGACUUACUCCCCCUUCGCCUCGUCACAACAACCCGCGAACCCAUCAUUAUCGAAUACCACCUACUCCGCUCAACUCCUGGACCACGCUACCCGGCUAUACACCGUCGCCAAUACCACCAAGCAAGUAUCAUUCGCCACUUCCAUUCCGGCCGUCGCGAGUGCAUAUGGCUCCAGCGGAUGGGGAGACGACAUGGCACUUGCCGCUCUCUCGCUCGCUCUCGCAACCAAUCAGUCCCGGUACUAUGCGGACGCGUAUAGAUGGUACGGGCGAUAUAGCCUUACCGGGACCAGCUUUGUCUACAACUGGGACAGCAAGACCCCAGCUGUGUUUGUCCUGUUUGUCGAGGCGGCGAGGGCGAACCCGAGUUUGGCGAGGGGAGCAGGACUCGCGGUGAAUGAGACGGGAUGGCAGCGUGAGGCGGAGAAUUACUUUGACAGGGUGAUCAAUGGCCAAACGACCAAUACCUACCGGACAGGAGCUGGAUUGCAGCUUUGGAGAGGAGAUUCCGAUUUUGCCAGUUUGAAUCCAGCUCUGGCGUUCACGAUGCUGCUGCUAAAGUACGCUCCUAUGGCUUCUAGCAUCGACAAGUCGAAUCAGUACACCGCAUUUGCGCAAACCCAGAUCGACUAUGUCAUGGGCAAGAACCCCGCUAAUGCUGUCUACAUGGUCGGCUCUCAUCCCAACUCGCCUAAGAACCCGCAUUCGGCCCCAGCGUCGGGCGGAACAGGCUUCACCAACCUUCGCACCAACCCUCCCCAGAACAUACAUACGCUAUACGGCGCGGUGGUCGGCGGACCGCUCGCAAAUGACCUGUACUGGGACUGGAGGGAUGAUUGGGUUCAGGCAGAAAUUGCGUUGGACUACAAUGCUGCCAUUCCCGGUAUAGCUGCCAUGCAGCUUGCCAACUCAUCCUCGCCCGACCCCUACUACGUCAACGUCCAAGCCGGGACCUAUUCGAUCCCCUCGGGUCAGCCAUGCGAUGCGGCCUUACCAUGCGGGAAUCGUCUUCCCGCUGGAGCUAUCGCAGGGAUUGUACUGGGCUGUUUGGCAUUUUUGGUGUUGGUGGCGGGGCUGAUCUGGUGGGGAAGAAGAAGACGGAGGUACUCGGGCAAGGGGGUCUAG